AAUGGUGGUGGGUGCCGUCGUCGGUCAUGUGGACAAGUCUGGCAACAACCAUGCAGCCAUCUUAGACAACCUGAGCUGAAGGAACAUGCGCAAAGGCAGCAGAUUGCGCAUAAUGGACGCUGAAAUGGAGGCCCCGUAGAACCGAAGGCGGGACCUAAGCGCUUUUUACUGUAAUCUGAUUGGUUGCGGUGGUAGUGUCGCGGAAUAUCCCGGGCUUCUGCACAUUGUUUGGGGCUGUGUUGUGUGGCUGAAACUAACGGCAAAUUCUUAAUCAUUCUGUAAUUGUGAUGUUGUAUUCGAUGUUGUCCUUAACCAUAAGGACUUGGGCACGCACGUAGUACUCGUCGCUGGCUUUCAAGUCGCCUUGGUACGACGGGAGCAAGGAAACAACACCUUUCCUCGGAACGACGUGAGAGAACCACAAGACUCCACAAGUAUCAAGAUGAUUCUGCUGAAGUGGAUGUUGAAGCUCUAGAUGUAUACAGCAUGGAUCCCAGUCCUGAUGCCCCCCUGUAGUAUCAACCAGAUGUCCACUUCUGCACUUGUACCCAUAAUACAAAUCCCUGAUCCAAACAUUACUGAAAAUUGCAGUUCUUCGUAGUGGUGAAUAGCAACGAUUCCACUGAUGUGCUCUGGAUGAAGUUCAAGUACCUCCUGGCUGAAGAUGCAACACAAUGACUCAGGGACAGAAUUCAAAGACUAUCUGACUGAAAGAUUGUGAGCAAGUUGAAGGAGUGAUUUGGACAUAUGGAUCAGUUUACUGAACGCGAUGGCCUUUCAAGUAUGAUGGAUUCUGUAGAAAUUCCCACAUCGGAAUCGAACUGUGUGAAUUCAGUGGCAAAUUCUGUGCAAGAGACAAAUCGUGAAACAACGCAUGAUGGGGAAAACCGUGUUUUCUCUUUGAGAGAUCAGUAUGUUACACCAGAGCAAUUGGCUUUUUCAAAAAAUGAUCCUCCGGAGUUUGAUAAACCUUUGUAUGGGACCGCACUAGAUCCUACGUUGUUGACGGUGACUAGUCUUGAGGAUUACUCGGAUAUUAGCAGCUGUUCGGAAGCAGAUUUUGGCCGCAUUUUGAACAUAUUGGAAAAAAACCCUGACCAGUCUUCUGAGUGUCAAGAUACAGUGCUUUCUAGUGAUAAAAAUGAAUUGGAUAAAGAUGUUUGUCAUGUUGGAACACACAAUGCAUGGGCAGCAAGUGACACAUCCAUAGAAAAUCCAGAUUAUGUUUGUAGAGCAUCUCCUGAGACAGUGUGUGAAAGACGAAGUGGCAGUUUUGAUAACAUGAUGGAUGGUGAUAAUCAGGUAGAAAGGUCCUUCUUAAAUGUUGAAUAUCGGUGCUCAAAUCUCAGUACCACAGAAGGUGAAAAUGGAUGCCCUUUGGAAGCUGAGGAACAAAUGAAAGGAGGAUUUCUUAUCCAGAGCACAGACUGUGGUGUUACUGAAAGAAGCAAGAAUUGCAACGACACUAUAACUACUCAGAUUAGUUCUGUUUGUGCCUUGGAUGUAAAUGGUGCCAAACAGAGUAUAGAAGGUCAUGAAAAGAGUGCCCUUACCACUGGAAAUUUAGGUGUACAAAAUGAUUGCAACUUAAAAGGGAUAAACAACACUUGUGAGAUCAAAAAUAAUACUCCAGAAUAUGAAUUAACGCAUGAUGUUAAAAACACCGUUCAUGAAGAUGAACUGGAGAAUGACGGGACAAGGAGCAGUCAAGAGGAUGAACGGAGCAGUUUUGAAUUCUUACAGUCAUGUUUUGGUUUGAGCAAUCUGGACCAUGCAAAAUUAGACCGAAAUGUUGCGAACUUUCCGUUGUCUGGGAGUAUGACUCAGCAGUCCCACAAUUGUGAGGAUAAUCAUACACUACCCCCAGUUCUUGUAAGAACUACACUUGAAUCUGUUCCCAGAAGUCCGAUAAAAGAGGCAGUACAUGGUGGUCUGCAGGAACCCCCUCUACCAAGUACUUACAGUAGUACUACUGUGUCUCAUGAAUCUGGACAGCAAAAUGACUCUAUGGAAAAUCGAAUCCUUAGGGGCUUAGUAAGAACUAGGAGUACAUAUGACACUGGAAUUAAAAACAGUGCUUCCUUAUUGUCAUCCAAGAGGUUAAUGAGAAAACUACAACCUGUGGUUCUUGUGAAGACAGCCAAGUGUAAUGCUAAAGGUGGAAACCUGUAUGUUUGUUCUGUGUGUCAGAAUACCACGCAGAAUUUGGAUGAACUUAUUCAACACCAUUAUUGCAAACACUCUAAGCAUACAUUUCAGUAUUGCCUCACCUGUGGAGCCUAUUUUUCUAAUGGAACCUUGGCAGCAAAACAUUUGUGUGAGCAAAUUGGGCCAAAAGAUUUGGAGCUGUCUGAUACAAUAUUGUCAACUACUAAGCAACUGAGCGAGAAGCUUAAUGCAAAAUACCUAUGUAAGUACUGCCAAAAGCCAUUCGUUAAAAUGUCUUACCAUCAAGAUCAUGAGCAAUGGCAUAAAAUUGUAACACGGCAUAGGUGUGGUUGUUGUGGGUUAUAUUUUCCUCAUGCAAAAAAACUUCGUGCUCACAAACGAAAAGUCAGAUGUACUCCUAUGAUACUAGAACCCAAUGAACAGGGGAAAAAAUGUCCAGAAACAGCCCAUAAAAAUCCAGCUAAACCAACCUUUACAUUUGGAGUUGAUGGUUGUCAGAUUGGGCUUCAUGAUUGUUUUGUGAAACUUGUAGACAUAAACAAGAAGAAGCCAUCUCCAAGGAAAAUAAAUUGUCCUGUUUGUGGAAAAAGUUUCAAACUCAGAGCACAACUGAAAGCACACCUUAGAGUGCACACAGGUGCAAAGCCUAUUAAGUGUAAUAAAUGUAAGAAGGAUUUUAAAUAUUCCUGGAAUCUUGAAAAGCACAAAAAGGAGCUAUGUUCUGGAAACAUCACAAAGCAAGACAUUUCCGAACCAUCUAUUCCAGGUAGACAUUUUGGUAGAUUUCCUUGCCCUACCUGUCCACAGAUUUUUGUGUACUCCUACAACCGAACCCGACACAUGCGACAGCGGUGUUUGAAAGAAUAUAUGGAAAUAAGGAAAGGAAAAGUGGGAAGCAGGUAUAAAUGCCCCUUAUGCAGUGAAACAUUUUCUCUGGUUGCUAAUCGGAAUAGACAUAUUAAAAACACUUGUUUUCAGCAAUAUAAAUUACAGAGGAGGGUUGACAAAAAGAAACUGGUCAAGGAAAAUGUCAAAGAAGAAAAGGAGGAAAAGCAAAUGCUGCCAACAGAGAAUUCGCAAUCUUAUAAAUGUAAAGUGUGCCCUGCUUCAUUUGCGCAUAAAUCUGGAGUCUAUAGACACAUGAAGAAACAUUCAUUGCUUCAGCGUUCUAAAGUACUGGUGGGCAAACAUGAUGACCCUACUGAUGGGAAAGGAUCAGACUCUAAUAACGAGAGACCUCAAAACCAAGCGUGUUCAAGCCAAGAGUCUAGUGAUUCGGUCACUGCUAACCCUUUCCUUUGCAGUUACUGUGAAAAAUGCUUCAGUUCAAGUGAUUCAUUGAAUAAUCAUCUGCGGAUACAUGGGGGAAAGAAACCCUUCCACUGCUUGGACUGUGGUAAAAAUUUUGGAAGGCGUGGACACUUAAUAGCUCACAAAAAUGUUCACAAGCGACGAGUACAGUGUUCUGUCUGUAAAAAAAUUGUGCCCACUAUUGGAGAUUUGUUGAAACACAGACAAUCCCACAUCAAAAAGGGUUUGCUUCAGUGCCCUGAUUGCCCAAUGCAAUUCAAGUUUCCUGUCUACUUGCUCCGACAUGUUAAAAGGCAUGCAAAUGAAGAAGCUAUGCGGAAAUCAUCUCUGCCUGCUGAAACGCCACUCAAAAAUUCUGCAGAUGAAAAAGUGAAUGAAUUGAAGGAGUCCUUUUUUUGUAGAAUAUGCCAAAAGGCAUUUGUUGAUUCCAAAGCACUGAGUGAGCACUGUUUAAUUCACCUUCCAAAACCUUCUGUUUCCAAAUGUCCAGUUUGUAAGCAUAAUUUCACAAGUCGAACUGCACUGAUUCGGCAUAUUCGUCUGCACACUGGUGAAAAACCUUUUCCAUGCAAGAUCUGUGGAAUGCAUUUUCACCGGAAGGAACCCCUCCGAGUUCAUCAAGAAAAAUGCAAGGGAUUGCGAGAAAAACCUCUCUCUCCAUCAACCACAAUUCAAACACAUGGGAAAUGUGAAAUAAAUGCAACAUCAAAGUCAGAAAAAUUUCCAAAACAAUUUAAAUGCUCAUACUGCCCACACAUAUUUACCAUGUCUGGUAAUUUGAAAAUGCACGAAAAAGCUCACUUGGGUAGCAACCUCGUACCAUGUUUGAAAUGUGGGAAAUAUUACAAAAAGAAUAAGAUCUAUGGACAUCGGAAACGCUGCAACAUCAAGGAAUCCCCUUCUGGAGAGACAUUAAACAGUGAAGAAUCUGGAAAUGCACAGAAGAGUGAAUGCAAAGGUACAAAUUUAGUUAUUGCAAACAGAACGUGCAGAAUUGCAAAAGUAAUGGGGACAAAUAUCAAGGAUGGUCUUAAGGAGCGAUGCCCACAGUGUCCUAAACGUUUCCGAUUCAGAUCUUAUUUACUAAGACAUCUUAAUUCUCACUUGGCAAAAAACCAGUUUGCAUGUAAGCAUUGUGGUCAGAAAUAUAGCAAUCAGAGCUCCUGUCAAAAGCAUGAGUCCUUAUGUGACGGUGUGUUGAGGCAGCAUGAAGCAAAACAACUGAAUGAAUCUGAAGAAACCAAAAGCAUGCCAGAAAGUGCAGCCAGUCUAAAGGAAUUCACAGUAAUCAUUGGAGAAAAUGGUGAGCAGUUGAAGUGCAACUUUUGCACAAAAACCUUUACAAAACCUAGGUAUCUGCGACGGCACAUUCUUACCCACACAGACGUCAAGCCAUAUCGUUGUAAAACAUGUGAAAAUUGUUUUUCUCGAUACGAUCACCUGAAGCAUCACCAAACACGAUGUAGAAGCAAAAAGCAACAACCUGAGGUGCUUCUUCAACAGAUUUCUCUUGACCAUGUUGGCUCUCAGGCCAAGAGACAGCUACCAAGUGAUGUGUUUGAAUGCAGUACUUGUUCAAAGAAGUUUUCUACAAGCACCAACUUAACAAGGCAUGUUUCCAUGCUACAUUCUACUUUCAAACCAUUUUCCUGUAAAAGAUGUGGUACUGGCUUUACGGCUAUAGAAAGUCUGAAGAGACACCGCAUCAGGGUGAACUGCAAGAUGUCCUCAGCAGAGUGUCUGGAACCAGUGCAAAUGCCAAUCAAGUUAAAUACUUCAGUGCAGUCUUGCAGAGAAACAGCCAAACCCAUGCAAAGCAUAGAUGGGCACUACUCCAAUAAAUGGAAGUUCCAAUGUGAGUACUGCCCUCGCCGCUUUAAAGCCCAAACGCAAUUAAAAUUGCAUACUCGUCUUCAUACAGGGGAAAAACCAUUUGGAUGUGCCAGUUGUGAUGAGCGUUUCAUCAGAAGAGACUAUUUAAAACGGCAUUUGAGUAAAUGCAGUGGGAAAAGAGAAGGGCCGAAAGUGCUUUGUGACAGAUGUGGUGGAUUGUUUACUCAGCAAGCUCUUGAGAUGCAUCAAAACAACUGUGUUAUCAGCUUAAAGUCCACUGACUGCCCUGAAAGUGUAAGCAGUAUUUCCAGCCCUUCAAAAGUCAAGGCGUUUUCCUGUGUCAACUGUAAUGACCGCUUCUUAUUGUUCUCCCAGCUUCAGCAGCAUAUUUUGACAAAACACAGAUCUGAUGGAAAACAGCAGUCAAGUAUCCUUGAGUUUGAGCAGUUAUCAAGUAAUUUGCACAUUAAGCAGGAACCAGCAGAUGACAGUUACGCUGAGAGCUUGCCAAGCAACGGUCAAAUAUAUGCCAACAAUGAGCAUGAAAAUAUUGAUGCUGAAAAGGAGAAACCAUUUGAGUGUGAGCAGUGCCACAUGAGGUUUAUAACUAACAGUGGGCUUGGUAUGCAUAUGCGCACUCAUACAGCAAUGUAUCCUCUUUCAUGUAAAAAAUGCAACAAGGGAUUUUGGAGCAAAAAUGUACAACAGAAGCACACGAGAAAAUGUAAGGGUUUGGAAGUCACAAAAAAGGAACCUAACACACAAGAUGCCGUUUCAUCGGAAUUGGAGUCUGCUCCUAAUGAUGAAGUCCUAGUCUUUAAUAAAGGCUCCAGCACAACUGGAACUGGUGUACUCCAGACAAAGUUUUCAUGUAAAGACCAGGAUAAAGGAAAUGCGGACAAAGGAGAUGCAGUUGUUCACAAGUAUCAGUGCUCUGAAUGUGAGCAAAGUUUUACAGAUGGGCUCAUGCUUAUAAGUCAUCUUGAGGCUCAUGGCCGUGAAGAUCAAGAGCGUAGGUUAGGCAAAAGCCACCGCUGUCACAUUUGUGGUAAGAACUUUGAACAAGCAGGCGUGCUGCAAAGACAUGUGAAGACACAGCAUCAGGAAACAGUUAAGAAUACCUGCCCUGAAUGCUUUAGAAGCUUUCGCUAUCCCUCUGAUUUGGACAUACACAGAUCUUGUCAUGAUCCUAAUCGGCCAUUUAUUUGUAACGCAUGCGAGUUGAGGUUUUGGACUUCUAAAUCCUUGAGUACUCAUCAAAGGCUGACUCACUCAGCUAGCGAACCACUCAAAACUGUCGAGCCUACUCCAAGAACUGAUAGGGUGUCUCCUAAAAUAUUUACUUGCCAUCCCUGUAAUAAGAUUUACACUAUCAGAAGGUCAUAUAUGAAACACUGCAGGGUUAAACAUAAAGGGUGUUCAAAAGGCCUCGAUGACCUUAAAAGUGCUACUGCUGAAGAUCAGUUGAGCAACAAUGAGUCAGAUGGAAGUGAUGACGACUCCGACUCUGCCCCUUACUUUCCUUGUCAUGUUUGUGGUAAAACAUUCCUGACAUCAGAAAGUCUUGAGGAUCAUCAAAGAUGUCAUCUUGGUGAAAAGCCUUAUGAAUGUGAAGAAUGUGGCAAAUGCUUUAUUCAGCUUGUAAAUUUGCAGCAGCAUCAGCGCAGUCACAAAUCUGAGUUUCAGUGUCAAAUGUGCGGAAAAGGUUUUGUUUCACUCUUUGCAUUGCGCAAACAUAAGCACACUCAUGUUAGAAAACAUCCCCAUCGAUGCACAAAAUGUCAUUUAAGUUUCACACGGUCUUCACAGCUGACAGAACAUAUGAUCACUCAUCGUGAUGAAAAUUUUCCCUGUGAUCUUUGCCAUGAAAACUUUUCCUGCAAAUCAAGCCGAGCAGAGCACCGGAAAAUGCACACGGAGGCAGAGGAAGAGCUCCCUCCUUUAAUUCCACCAGCAAAUCAGACCACAUCUUCACCAGUCUUGAUCAACCCUUCAUUAAGUACUGUUCAGCAAUACAGAUAUCGCUGUGAAAUUUGUCAAGUGCAAUUUCCAGAUCCUGAGCAGCUCUCGGAGCAUGGCUGUAAUCCAGCAAAAGAGCGUCCAUACUCAUGUAAAGACUGUAACAAGCAUUUCUUGCAUGGUUCUCACCUUAAAAAACAUCAGCUCACUCAUCAGUUGUCUGGAACACGAUCCUUUCAGUGUAAUAGUUGUCACAUGAGCUUUAGCCACCGCCAUCACUUCCUGACCCAUUUGCAGACACAUGGUGGUGAAGAAUCUUCCAAAUCUCAAAUUAACAAUGAAGUGAAGAUAUCAAACACUGAUGAUUCACAUCAGGACAAAAUUUACAGAUGCCCAAUUUGUCCUGAGAGUUUCUCUCAAGUGUUAGAGCUGGCAAAUCACCUUUCUGUUCAUGCAAAUAUGUGCAACGUUUGUAACAAGACAUUCUCAACUAAGCAACAACUUGAGAAACACGAACAGUGCCAUUUGUCUGCAGCUACACAGUACGAGUGCACAGAAUGUGGAAAGAGCUUCCUUGGAAGUGAUUCCUUUCGCCAACAUUAUUGUGUUCACCAAAAACAUCUUUCAUGUUCAUCCUUGUCAACCGCUGACAAAAAGAGAUGUUUAGAAAAUUCCUCUGAGGUACUCACUAAUAUUGAGGAGGAGGAGGAAGUUGAUGUUGGAGAAGACUUUUAUAAUUGCCCUACCUGUAGCAAACGAUUUCCUUCUAACAUCAGUUUGCAGGAGCACCAAAAGUUGCAUGAAUUUGAUCGUCCUUUUAAGUGUCUGGUUUGUGGAAAAGGCUUUGCCAAAAAGAAGUAUCUUACACAGCAUCAGCAAAUACACAAUGAGCGGCCCUAUCGAUGUGAUUUGUGCACCAAUUCCUUCAAAACGGAACAAUCACUUUUGUCCCACCGUAAAACCCAUGAUGCAGACCGCAAAUACCACUGCUCAGUUUGUGACAAAUCAUAUAGAACACAAUAUGAUCUUACAAGGCAUGAACAGAAACAUCCUGAAUUGCAAAACUUUAGUGAAGUAAGUGGUGACCACAGAUGUGAUAUGUGCUAUAAGUCUUUCAGCUUGCUUUCUCAACUGAGACAGCACCAGGAAACUCACGUUGGACAAGUUGUCUAUGAGUGCACCGAGUGUGACAAAGCGUUUGCUUUUCUACAUCUUUUAGAAGAACAUCAGCAAACUCAUGGGACUUCAACAGAUUCUUUCCAAUCCCAGUCACCAUCUGACAUUCUCUUUCAAAGCCCAGUAAUUGAGUAGAGUGUACUGUAGAGUAUUUCCUGCAAUGCAGGUGAUUCUUAGUCAUUCAAUUUUCUGAACACGUUAAAAUUGUAUAGGUUCUUGACUCAUGUUGUGGGUUCAUGCUUUUUCAUAUUAAGUCAUACGCUUCUUGGUUUUUUUUUUGUUUGUUUGUUUGUUUUUUUUAAAUAAAUAGGUUUUUCAUUUCAGUACUCUAUGUACAUACGUAACAAAUUUUUGCUUUUACUACUGCAAUUCAGAGAACUACUUACUGAAUUUCUAGUGUUUAGAAAACUCCAUAUAAAUGUAAAUUAUUGUUGUACAAUUAAGAAACUGAUGUGGGAUAAAAUUUGCAUGCUUCGAAUAACUGAGGAAAUGCUGUGUAAAUAUUGUCACUAGCAAAUUUUGUAUUAAUGGGGUUUAUACAGCAGCAUUAAAAUGUCCAUCCAUAAACUGUUUACCAUUUUUUGGUAUUUAUUCAAAAGCCUUUUUUAUUAGUCACCCUUUCUGUUAACAUUUGUAACUUGCAGACCCAUGUUUUGAAUGUCAUGUCCUACCUGGUUUUACACAUAUCUAAUACCCAUGUAACAAACUGAGUCAACAUGAAAUUGAUAGGAUUGUUAGAGUUGUGUAUAUGCCUUUUGUAUAUUCAGAUGUGACUCUUGGUAUCUACUGUUUUCUUAAGAAUAUUUUAUUCUGUUUUGUUGAUAACAAUUACUCCUUUCCUUUGCUUAAUGGGUGGUUAAGAGCACCUACCAAGCACUUCAUGGUGUAGUUACUCGUUAUGGCAAGUGACAUUUGUUUGUGUGUGUACAUAUAUACAUAUAUAUAUUCAUGUAACUUUUUUUUUUUUAAACAAUUUUUUAGACAAUUUUGGUGUUAAAAUUUUCAGACAUUAAAGUCAUUUGAAUAUA